AUGGUCAAGAAGAGGGCGAACAACGGUCGCAACAAGAACGGCCGCGGCCACGUCAAGCCCGUGCGCUGCUCCAACUGCGCUCGCUGCGUUCCCAAGGACAAGGCCAUCAAGCGUUUCACCAUCCGCAACAUGGUUGAGUCCGCUGCCAUCCGUGAUAUCUCCGAUGCCUCCGUCUUCGCUGAGUACGCCGUUCCCAAGAUGUACCUCAAGCUCCAGUACUGUGUGUCUUGCGCCAUCCACGGAAAGAUCGUCCGUGUUCGCUCCCGUGACGGCCGCCGCAACCGUGCUCCCCCUCCUCGCAUCCGCUACAACAAGGACGGCAAGAAGCUUCAGCCCCCUACUGCCGCUAAGGCUUUGUAA